AUGGGACCACGGCAGCGGAACAAUCACCAACGACUGGAGCCGAACGCCGCGGUCUGUCUCCACUUCGCACCAACUGUUCCAGCUUCACGGGACAAUCUGCAGCAGCGGCGGCGGCUAAUGGAUGUUAAACCGGAAUCUCAGACACCCUUCCUCAUGCUGCUGGUACAGACCCUAUACAGUACGUAUGGAGCAUGCUAUAGCUCCUGCCACGUCCCCAGCCCUCUGCGUGACAGUGAGUGGCCCUCGGUGAAGGCCCCGGGCCCCGCAGUGACAGGUCUGGUCUGUGGGGACAUGCUGACCCCGCUGCCCUGUCUGUGUUUGUUUACCUUCAGCCGCACCUGCCCCAGACGCUCCGAGAGGACAGGCUGCCACGAGGCGAGCAGAGCCUGA